GAGGGAGAACCAUCCGACAGUAACUAAACUGCACUUCAUGAGCGAUGGCCCUGUAACCCAAUACAGGGGUAGACACAAUCUCCACCUGCUGUGCAACAUACCCUUCCACAUGGGUUUCAAAGAAAUUUGGUGGAACUUUAGCGAAGCAGGACACGGGAAAGGAGCCUGUGAUGGAGUGGGAGCAACCAUCAAACGCCUGGCAGAUGAGGUGACCAUGACUGGCACAGACAUUCAUGAUGCAGAGAGCUUGGUAAAACAUCUGGAAGAUAAGACAAGCAUCAAAUUAUGUCUGAUUCCUGAAGAUGUGCAGAUACAUGUGUCAACAGCGGUACCAGCAGUCAGGGGAGUGAUGAAAGUACACCAGAUCUAUUCACAGAGGCCUGGUAUCAUCCUUACAAGAGACGUAAGCUGCUACUGUGGACCACAGUGUGAUUGCUACUCUCCAGUGGAACAUGAUGUACUGCAGUCUAACUAUGAUCAACAUAUCCCCAAACUAGGAUGUGAGGUUGGCCAAAUCUUAAAGCAACCCAGCAUCCAGCAAGCAGAGGCCCUGGUGAUCCAUCCUGAUGAUGAUACCCAAGACACCAACAGUAACAAGUCUGAUCCAAAGCAUGACAACUCUUGGCCUAAGAUUGGAUGUUACGCUGUUGUAAGGUGUGGAGAAAAAUAUUACCCCGGGACGGUGAUAUCGGUAGAAGGUGAUUGCUUUGAAAUGAAGUAUUUGAAACGAACAACAACAGGAUCCUAUCAUGACUGGAUGAGCGGGUUUUCGUCAUCUUCAUGGCAGCCACGAGAAGACCUUCUUGAGCCACUCCACGUGCCCGACAUGGACAGAAGAGGUCAUGUUAUAUUCACGAAGAAUGACUUAGAGACAAUAAAAAAGUACACAAAGUGAAUAGUCGGCAGCUGUGAAUCGUGAAUCUUGUUUGCUACAUUAAGAUUCAGUAAAUGGAACUCGAAAUUGAGCUGAUUUUAUGUCAGUGCAAUUGAAUUGUCAACUCCAGAGAAAGGCAGUUCUUUUGACCAGGUGUCAUUCUGUUGAUUUUUUUUAAAUUUUAAUUUUGAUAGUGUUAAUGUUAUAAAAUGUUCAUUACAGGUAUUCACAUUUUAUGUUUACUUAUUGCAGGUAAGCCAGACUUCAAAUACCUGUAUGUUAGUUGAACUGUUUCUGAGUUUAAGUUGUUCAUUGAAUGUAUUGACUCAUUGACUUCUUUGUUCACUGUAUUAAAAGUUAAUAAAAAAUCAGAACUCUAAAAUUAUACUUGUGUCAUGAUUAACAUUGGUACACUCUACUCCGUUACAAAAUGUUCCACUCCGUUACCAAAUGUUCCACUCCGUUACCAGUUCUUCAAUAAAAUUUAUUAUUGUCCUUCUAGUAAACUUUAAAUUCCAUUUGCUAGUUGUCAUCCAAUCUUAAUACAGGCGAAAUUAUCAUAAACUUCAAAAGCACAAAAUAUUGGCACUGUUAAGUGUGGCAACAUCACAAAAUUAGGUAAUGUAAUGAAAAGGUAAC